AAUACUUGAUACCACUCUUAAACACUGAAAGUGACAUUUACCUCUAUGAGUAGGGUUGAGGUUUUGACUAACGCAAUUUAACGCAUGUCAGCUGACCAUCCUUGUGAUAUCAGCUGAAAGUUGGGUGAGGUGCUGUUUUGGCUCUGAAUACUUUAUAUCAAUUAGUCAAAAUGUCAAAUUUAGCAAAAAUCCGCGAUGAAGAACGAGAGAGCAAAUUCGGCUACGUUUUUGCAGUUUCUGGACCUGUCGUCACGGCAGAAAAAAUGUCUGGAUCUGCUAUGUACGAGCUUGUUCGUGUCGGCUAUUUCGAGCUGGUCGGUGAGAUCAUUCGUCUUGAAGGAGACAUGGCCACCAUCCAGGUGUACGAGGAAACCUCUGGUGUAACAGUUGGAGACCCUGUCCUGCGUACUGGCAAACCGCUCUCUGUUGAACUGGGUCCUGGUAUUCUCGGAAGUAUUUUUGAUGGUAUCCAGCGACCUUUGAAGGACAUCAAUGAAAUAAACCAGAGUAUCUAUAUUCCAAAAGGUGUAAACAUUCCAGCUUUAAGCAAAUCGCAUGCAUGGGAAUUCAACCCCCUGAAUAUCAAAAUCGGAAGUCACAUCACUGGUGGAGACUUGUACGGUAUUGUAUUUGAAAAUACUCUGGUGAAGCAUAAAUUGAUGCUCCCACCUAAAGCCAAAGGUACUGUCACAUACAUUGCACCCCCUGGAAACUACAAAGUAGACGAUAUCGUGCUUGAAACUGAAUUUGAUGGUGAGCAGUCAAAGUACACUAUGCUCCAAAUUUGGCCCGUCAGACAGCCUCGCCCUGUCACUGAAAAGUUACCUGCCAACCACCCCCUUCUUACCGGCCAGCGAGUUUUGGACUCACUAUUUCCUUGUGUUCUUGGAGGUACCACUGCUAUUCCUGGUGCUUUUGGUUGUGGUAAAACUGUCAUCUCGCAAUCUUUAUCCAAAUAUUCCAAUUCGGAUGUCAUCGUUUACGUAGGUUGCGGAGAGCGUGGUAAUGAAAUGUCUGAGGUACUGAGAGAUUUCCCUGAACUCACAGUUGAAAUUGAUGGGGUCACUGAAUCUAUCAUGAAACGUACAGCACUGGUAGCCAACACCUCCAACAUGCCUGUCGCUGCUCGAGAAGCCUCCAUCUACACAGGUAUCACACUAUCUGAGUACUUCCGAGACAUGGGCUACAACGUUUCCAUGAUGGCUGACUCUACCUCUCGUUGGGCUGAAGCCUUGAGAGAAAUUUCGGGUCGUUUGGCUGAAAUGCCUGCUGACAGUGGUUAUCCUGCAUACCUGGGUGCCCGUCUUGCUUCAUUCUACGAAAGAGCGGGUCGAGUCAAAUGUCUAGGAAACCCAGACCGUGAAGGUUCUGUGAGUAUUGUCGGUGCCGUAUCUCCUCCUGGUGGAGACUUCUCAGACCCUGUCACAUCUGCCACUCUUGGUAUUGUCCAAGUCUUUUGGGGGUUGGACAAGAAACUAGCCCAACGUAAACAUUUCCCCUCCAUCAACUGGCUUAUCUCAUACAGUAAAUACACAAGAGCUUUGGAUGACUUCUACGAUAAAAACUUCCCUGAAUUCGUUGCCUUGAGAUCAAAAGUCAAAGAGAUCCUGCAGGAAGAAGAGGACUUGUCAGAAAUCGUACAACUAGUUGGUAAAGCAUCUUUAGCGGAAUCAGAUAAAAUUACCUUAGAAGUUGCCAAGCUUCUAAAGGACGAUUUCCUCCAACAGAACAGCUACUCACCCUACGACAGAUUCUGUCCUUUCUACAAAACUGUCGGUAUGCUGAGAAAUAUGAUCGCUUUCUAUGACAUGUCACGGCACGCUGUCGAAUCAACUGCACAGAGCGAGAACAAAAUCUCGUGGUCCGUCAUCAAAGACAGUAUGGGUAACAUUCUGUAUCAACUGUCUUCCAUGAAAUUCAAGGAUCCCGUAAAAGAUGGAGAGCAGAAAAUCAAAGCAGACUUCGACCAGCUACACGAGGACAUUCAGCAAGCGUUCAGAAACCUUGAGGACUAAGUUGUACAUUGCUAAUUGUUUCCAAGAAACUGUUGUUAUUGUUAAAAUCUAUUUUCUUGUAAUUUUAACGCAAUAUUUUACCAAUCCCUUUUUUUUUUAUUCUUUAGGAAACAUUUUUUUCCAUUCCGGAGCCCUUCUCUGUCAAAGCUUUAACGAGACAUGCAGGAAGUGUGAAAGCAAGUAGAGUUUACAUCCAGCAAUGGCAUUUGUAUCAUAGGCUGCACUUCUAGUGCAACCUCUAGUAGCUGGACCAAAGUUAAAUGAAAAUAUUUGAAGCUUUAUUCUUCUCUCAUGAGUUUGGAUUCAACUUAAAGGGCAAUUUUAGUUAAUGGAGUUGUAUCCGACGAAUAGAUGAGAUAAAUCAAUGGUUUUCCGCCGUAGGAAUUUCACUUUCUGAGUAAAAGAGCCUAUCAUUUCAAAUGUAUACGAAUGCCAUCAUUAAUUCUCCAAUAAAAGGAAGGAGUAUUUUUUAUUUUAUUUUGCAACUUGUUAUCUCAGUUGAGUAGUUGUAAUCUUUUGCAUCAUUGCGAGUGUACACUCGUAAGCAUUUAUUCGUCCAAGAAGCGUGAACUUAAUCAGAGGAAACUGAGAUAUUGAAAACUCACCCUCAGUUAGAUUAUGUUCUCCAAUUUUUAUUAGUUACUCUAAAGCGCCUCUUAAACUUUUAAGUGAGCCAAAUAACAUAACUCAAAGUUCUACAGAAAUCAUCACUCUCUUCAUGCUGAUCAGUGAAAAUUUGUUUUCUUUCCUUUCACUCACUGUGGUGUUGUUUGUCAAGUAUCAGUUAAAAGUGAAUUUUCCAUGCUCUUCAAGACUAACCACUAUUUUCCCUUCCACGUUCGGAUAAAUGUCCAUUUGUUCUUGCCUUUGCUGCAAAUUUCAAGAGUGAUUGAUUAACAUGCAGUAUGAUCAUGUAGCCAGCUUUUGGAAGGAAAUCUUAAUGUUCAAGUGCAGCAAUCGAUAUCGUGCAAACUGUACAUUUUUAUGACCCAGUAUUUCUGGCAAGAUUUCUUUCCAAUGUCUACAGCUGAAAGAACUUAUGUAUAGAACAAAGAACAUCGGUAAUUUGAAUCCUCCUUUCUGGCAUUGCUAUCGUAAACUGUAGUAAAUCCUAACAACCAUCAGUUUUUUAAGACCUUUUAAGCUUCGAUGAUAGCAUAGUAGAUAAAUGAUGGUAUCAUGAUAGUGUGUCGUUUGAGUGUCUGUAGAAUGUAACUUGCAGAAGGUCUUCGAUCAAUUGAAGGGCUCAAUCAGACUUGCUGAAAACCUUUCUUAAUCAGAUUUAUCUUUUCCAUCAAAUUCAUUUUAUUCAUCCCAUCCCAUCAUUAAAAUUACGACUAUAAUUCACUCUCAUCGUCUUAUUAUCUGUCUUCAUUCUUGUCAUUGCACUCACAAUGAAAUCAGUAUAAUUUUGAUUAGUUUUAUUUGUUAUGAUUUACGUUUUAUUUUUGUAAGAAAAUCUGCAUUUCGCCCAUUUUUAAUGGAUUUUUUUUUUUUUCGAGUUAACCUAACAUUUGCCAACUGGCUAGAGCUGUUCAAACUCUCAUAUACCGUGGGUAUAGAAAUCCCAAGGUUUUAACUGAUUGGUCUUGAACUUUCAAAUUUCCAUUGAACGUGCCCUUUGAAGAUGCAUUUUCCAGAAGCCAGAAAAUAGAAACUUUUGAUAAUCAAACUUAUUAUGGUUACCAACCAGGAACUAUUACUAAAGUGCCUUUCCUAUAGGGAUCAAAAGUCAGCUGAUGGAAGAAGAAAGAAAACCUUAUUCAAGAAUGUUUUUUUGCUAACAUUCAAGGCCUAAUAUUCAGUUUUUACAUCCAUCAUUUUUUUUUAAUUUUAUGGGAACUAUAUUUUCCAUCUAUGUUGGUAAGGGAAUGCUCUUCCAAUAACAGUAUAUUCUGUGUGAAUUUUAAAGAAGAAUAUAAAAAUCUACCUUUUUCUUUUCGAGGCACUUUUGCAACUUUCAAACCAGCUCACAAGGUUGUCCACUGCUUGAACAAGAUCUAAUGUACGCUAGCCUAAUCUCUCUAAUUUUUCCUGAAGUCUUGAAUAUAACCCCGUUUAAUGUUUUCCCAAAAAUUUCAUCAUCAAAAUCUCCAUCAGUUUUGAAUUCAAGGAGAGUAUUGGGAUUUUUGUACUCACGUUACUCAAGGAACAGCAUUGUUACUUCUAGUAUUAUUAUUUAUCUGUUAAUGUAAUGGUUGUUUAUUCCCUUAUCAUUGAACGAAAUGUUUCGAAGGACUCGGUUGAAGUGCUAUUUGUUUUGUAGUUGAUAAACUUCAUAAGUCUGAAAAGGGAGUUUUGGUAUAGCAAAAUCAUCAAAGCACGCAAAAUCUGCCACAAUUGCAUGAAAAAACACUCCUUAGCCUCGGGAAAAAUGUUUACCUAAAGUCUACUUUCAGUAUUUUGAAGUGUUAGGGAGGGUGAGAGCAUCUAUUUUCAGGGUGUGUAUAGGUCAUGAAAAUCAGGAACUGUCAGGGGAUUUCAUCAGGUUAUGGAAAAUUCAGGAAAUCCUGUGGAAAAGAUUGAAAAUUUGAAAAAUCUGGUAACUUACUAUGUUGAACGACAUCAGCGCUGUCCACGCAAUCAGAGUCUUUUCUGGUUCAAGGGUUACUGCUUUGAGUUACACUCUCAAUAGUGAAUACACAGAGGAAUGAUUUUCAAUGGAGACUUGUAAUUUUAGUUGAUUGAAUGAUUAACACCUGAAGAAGAAAGGUUCACAUGUGUCUGUCAUUUGCAGCAGAAUUAACUUCGAAAAUUUUUCAUUUCCAGCUCCAUGUGUGUAAAAUUUUCAAUGUGAAAAGUCUUUGAUUAUUUUGGUCAGGCACAAUCCGGAAAAGUCAAGACAAAUUUUCCUGCUAAGUCUGUUGACACUCUGAUUUUGUAGAUGAAUGUAUCAGUCCUCAAGUUGAAUAUAUCCUCAGGUUAAAGUGAAGGUUUUCUUUCUAGAAACAGUGCAUGCGAAUUAUGAUCAGAGAAAUGGACUUGAAGGUAGAUCAAAAGUUGAGAUCUUUAAAGAAACGAAGUCCAGCUAGAGAACGUUACACCUUCCUAAUGAAAAACCUACUUUCCAGUCGAUGUAGAAGUCCUAAGACGUAAGUUUUUUUGACUUGAGUCAGUUUUUGUUUGUAAAUAUGGCACCUUUAGCCCUUAGUGCCACGUACUAAAGAUGAAAAUUGUAAUCCUUUAUGGGUUGAACUUACUUUUACUUGUUAUAUCUUGUUUUACAUGAUUCAUACGCAUUCCAAUUUUCAUUAUUUUCAUGUAACUAUUUAGAAUUUUUUUUCCUCCCUUUUUUUGUGUUGUAUAAUGCUUGUAUUAUAGUAUAAUGAACGUAUUUUAAAUUUAUGUCACUCUGUAGUGCUCCGUUAUAGUUUCAUGAUUUUGGUGCCACUAAGUUUCCAACCCGUAUCUCUUUGCAAAAAGUGCUAACAAUGAGCUCUAUGAAAAGGGAAUGUCUUGUUGCUAGUAUUAUUUGGUGUUUUCUCAUGUUUUGCAAAUUAUCGAGGUGCGUAAAUGUGAUAUCCCGAUUAGCUUGUGAUCUUUUUGCUAAGCCGUGCCGUUGAAAUUUUAGCUCCAUCAAACUUUUUCAACAAUUUUAUGAGAAGAUUGAAGAAUGGUAUGUUUCUUGUGUCUUAAAACAGACAUUUCCCUCCGCAUCGUCUAAUAAACCUCAGCAUCUCACUGAUUUUUAAAUGUGACGCAUGAUAUUUGUUGUAGCAGAGGUUUCUUUUUAUUGGAAAUAAAACAUUUUCUUGAUUGCUCGUUGAAUCGCGAAUCAAUUUUUUUAAAAUAUAUCAUCGCUUGAUCCUUAAUUCAAAUUUUUAUCUUGAUUCUGCAUCAUGCAGUUUCUCAGACAAGUGUCCAAUUUAUAAAUUGGCUAUAGCUAGCAGAAAAUCGAACAAUUUAACUGCUUCAAAGAAGUUGAUUUCAAAAGUAUAACCUGCAUUACUUGAUUAGAUGAAUUAUAAAAAAACUAGAAAAUUUUUAAGUACAGCUUUUGUACCGCACAGAGAAAAUAAAUAUUCUCUGAAUAGUAUAACUUAGAUGCUUGAAGCAUUCCGAACAAACAACUUUUUCUGAGUGUUGUCUUUCAUGACCCAAAUUUGUUCAUGUUUUGAAAUAAGAGUAGCUUCUCUCGUCAGUUUGAAACACUAAGCAAUUUGACCUUCAAGAGUGAAGGGAAAAAAACUAAAUGCGCAGAAGUAAACUAUUUAGAAAAAAUAUGCAUUCUUAUAUAAGUGAUUUAAAUUAGGUUUUUUCUACCUAAGUCCGAGUUCUGCUAGGAAUUUAUCCAUCUAUUCCCUCAUCAUAGUUUUGAGAUACUUAUGAAGGUUACGGAAUUUUUGUAUCUGAUAGAAUUCCUCUUGUUCCAUCGUUAAUAGGCGAUUUUCGUUAUUUUUGUAUCCGUUUAGGAUUAAUUUUCGUUAAACCUUGUUUUCAAGUAGCUGUUGAUACAUUUUAAUUGUUUAUUUAGACCUAGGGUAAACAUAAUAAAACUGUACAGUUAUCACCUUGACAAUAUACACGUAAUUAAGGUAUCAAAUUUUUCAAAGAUUCCCUCAGCACCUUACCUUUUCAGGCUCAUUUUCGGUCAAAAUCAAAUUUCUUGAAGUUAUUUUAGACGCUCGAAGCCAUAAGUAAUUAUCAUGCAUUGAUGGAGACGUGUAGGCUUAAUAAGCCGAAUCACCCAACUCUUCAGCAUUGGUGAGGUAGGCUACCAUGCCAAACAAAUCUUGUUUUUUCCUCUUUUUUUUCUUUUUUUUUGGUCAAUUUGCUUCGCGCCUUUAAUCAGAAAAUUGUUUUAUAACCAAAAAUGAAUCGUAACCUUUUAUUCAGAAAAAGGAAGCAGCUUAGCAGUAGUUUCACAUUAAAAUGCUGGAAAUAUUUCGCAUGAAAAUGAAUGCAAUCCCAAUUUUCGAUAGUCAUUUCAGGGACUCCUGUAGUAUACACUCUGACAGUGAAAAACUCUAGCUAUGCUUUCAAGAUUCUUAUCCCGAUUUUUUAAGGUUUUCACGAUCUUAAGAUCGUGAAAACCUCACAAUGUAGGGUUUUUUAAAAAAAUUUAGAUUUUUUAAUCAUUUUUUCAUCUUGGCACCUUUUUGCCGGAACAAUUCAAUGGUGAAAAUUUAAAAAAAAAACGUAUUACAACUGCAACGAAUUAGUUCUCUGUUAUUUGAAAUUUUCAUAGAAUAUUGAACGUGAAAUGAAGAAAAAUUCUAAGAGAUAUUUUAAGUUUCGCUUUGAAGAAAUGAAGUGUGACAAAAAUAUGUAGCAACGCAAAUUGAGAUAUAUUUUUCGACGCUCAUGAUUUAAAUGCUAUCCUAUCAACUUGCUCUUGAAUACCAACAAUUAAACCUAUUAUCACAUUACAUAUUGCGGAACUUGUCAUUUCAUAAUGGAAGUACCAAUUGAUACAAUUUAUCAGUGAUUUCACGGUUUUGAUUUUUCUAUACUGCCUCUUUCCUCCAUCAAUCAUGUAAAUUUAUUCCCCCCUAACCUUUUAUCACUAAGAUGUUUCUCUAUCAUAAGAGUUGGUUUGUAACUGUAUUUUUGAUAGUCUAAAUUAUUUUAAAAAUGCUAAAUUGAGUUUUAUUUUAAAGUUGUUAAGUAUCUAUUUACUGUUCAUUAUAAAUAUACACUGAAUGAAGUCUUAAA